GACGCCAAAAUCACAUCCUCUCUCUCUGCGGAAUCGGAAAUCGGAACAUCCUCUCUCUCUGCAGAAUCGGAAACCUAAAAUCUCAAGGAGGAGACGUGACGUCCAAGUCAACAUGAACGAUCUUUUAACGAGUUCGUUUGAGAUCCACAGGGAUCCAAGAUCUGGAAAUGGAGAUACCGAAAUUGCAAUCCAUAGACCAACCAAUUCAGGAGAACUUGGCAUGGAUAAAUUUUUUGAUCAGGUUGAAGAAAUUGAGGUUCAACAUGAGAAGUUGAACAAACUUCUCACAAAACUUCAGGAUGCCCAUGAGGAAUCAAAGACUGUGACGAAGGCUUCUGCUAUGAAAGAAAUUAAACAGCGAAUGGAGAAAGAUGUUGAAGAAGUUGGAAAAAUUGCUAAGUUCAUAAAAUCAAAAAUUGAGGAGUUUGACAAAGAGAAUUUAGCCAACAGAAAUAAACCUGGAUGUGGCAAUGGAUCAGCAGUUGAUAGAUCAAGAUCUGCAACAACAGUUGCCGUGAAAAAGAAAUUCAAAAACAAGAUGGCAGCAUUUCAGACUCUAAGGGAAACCAUCCAUCAAGAAUAUCGUGAGGUUGUAGAGAGGCGUGUAUUCACAGUUACGGGAAAUCGAGUUGAUGAAGAGACAAUUGACAGGUUGAUAGAGAGUGGGGAUAGUGAACAAAUAUUCCAGAAAGCUAUUAGGGAACAAGGGCGAGGACAUAUAGUGGACACCCUUGCAGAAAUUCAAGAACGCCAUGAUGCAGUAAGAGAAUUAGAAAGCAAGCUUCUAGACUUGCAACAGGUAUUCUUAGACAUGGCGGUGUUGGUUGAUGUUCAAGGGGACAUGCUUAAUGACAUAGAAUCCCAGGUGUCUGCCGCAGUUGACCAUGUACAAUCAGGGAACACUGCACUUCAAAGGGCAAAGACAUUACAAAGAAAAAACCGGAAAUGGAUGUGCUUAGCCGUGAUUAUCCUCCUUUUAGUCGUUGCAAUCAUCGUAGUUUGUGUACUGAAGCCAUGGACCACUAAAAAAUAAAAAUGGCCAUUAGCUCUUCUUUCACUCAUACCUAUAAAUUAAACACAAAUGUAAGAUGCAAUUUUGUUUAUUAUCAAUUAUUCUCAUUGAUUUUGUGUUUCUCAUACCUUCACCUGUCUUCGAUUCUCAAAUAUUUGUGUAUGCAAUAAUCCUUUG